AUGUCGCCUCGAGGUAUCUUAAGAAAUAAGGAUGAAGUGGAUCACCGCCCUUUUGAAGAGCAACUUGAUCGUCAAGAGGUUGUUCGAAAUACUAUUCUAAAUUCCCAAAUGCAUUCAGACCCCAACAAAACUGUCGCUGAGAAACCAGAGGCGGAGGCUGAAGCAAACGAGCAUUUGAAAUGGGACGAGAUCAAUUUGUACAAAACAGAGCAGGAAAAGGCGGCAACAAUGAAAAUUGAUGAACCCAAAACUCCUUACGAGGGUGGGUUCAAUCCGCAGGGCGAAUACUAUCAACAGGACGAAGACCAAGAGGAUGAUAUUCCUGAAUUCCAACUUGGGAAGGGCGAGGCUGACGACCUGGAGCAAUCGCUCUAUGGGAGCAAAAUCUUGCCUCGGGAAGAAGGCGAUGAAGUGGAAGAGGAAGAAGAGGAAGAAGAACGCCCACUCACAGCUGAGGAGCGCCACAAGAAAUUUGAGGAGAUGCGUAAAAAGCACUACCACAUGAAGGCAAAACCAUUGUCUCGCCAUUACGACUAUACCAAAGAACCGGAUGAAUAA